UCUGGCUUUGGUUAAUUGAUUCAACUCGUUUCUCUGUUUAUUUCUGAACUGAUGCUUUCACCUUCCUCCCUGUUCGGCUAUAAAUUCAUCAAAUUUUGCUUGGAGUUAAGAUAUAUAUAUAUAUAUAUCAUUAGUGAUAGGCAGGAUCCAACGGAGCAGCUCGUACGACUUAAAAACCAGGGUGUCCCCACACUGUGGGUCGUGGGGGACACACCAGUUGAUUUUAACAUAUUCUUUAUCAAGUUUUCCUGUAAAUUUAUAGAUGUGGCUCAUGAAUAGUCUCAAUUGGCUUCCAUAAUUGCUGAAGCCCUAUGUGAAUAAAAUGAUGCAAGUUUACCUCUUUUGAGCUAUUUGGAAAGGUUGAUUUGUCUGUGCUGUCAGUCUUGGUACUUGGAAGCUGAACUUUGUUGGUGCCCUGAACUUGUUUUCCAGAAAUUUGCUCUUCAAGAUGGCCAAGGACCAACCAGCAUCUGUGAAAGAUGCAGUUUUUAAAUUGCAACUAUUUCUUCUUGAAGGCAUUCAAAAUGAAAACCAGUUGUUUGCAGCAGGAUCUUUGAUGUCAAGGAGUGAUUAUGAAGAUGUGGUAACUGAACGAUACAUAACAGACAUUUGUGGUUAUCCACUCUGCUCUAAUCCUUUGCCAUCUGAAUCCGAUCGCCCUCGGAAGGGUAGAUAUAGAAUUUCUUUGAAGGAGCAUAAGGUUUAUGAUCUACAUGAGACAUACAAGUAUUGUUCUUCCAGUUGUGUCAUUAAUAGUAAAUCCUUUGCCGGGAGCUUGCAAGACAAGAGGUGCUCGGUUUUAGACACACAGAAACUUAAUGAAAUUCUUAGGUUGUUUGGCAAUAUGGAUGUGGAACCAGACAAAAAAGUUGGAAAGACUGAAGAAUUAGGUUUGUCUGGCUUGACAAUUCAGGAAAAAACAGAAACUAGCACUAGAGAUGUGUCUCUGGAGCAGUGGAUUGGUCCAUCAAAUGCUAUUGAAGGCUAUGUCCCAAAACAAAGAGAUGGUAAUUCUAAGGGUUCCUCUCGGAUGAAUAUUAAAAAAGGGUCUAAAGCCAGUCAUGGCAAGUUAGGUGGCAGUAAAAAUCUGAUUAUCGAUCAGAUGGAUUUCACCAGCACUCUAAUUGCGCAAGAUGAGUAUAAUGUAUCUAAAUUGCCGUUGGAUCUGAAAGAGACAAAUUCAGAUUUUAAAGUUAAACCGUCAAAAAUGAAUCACCAAAAUCUAGAAGAGCAAAUAGAAAGUCUGAAAUCAUCAUCUCAUACUUUGAAGAUUAAUUCUGAGAGGAAAUUGGAGCAGCCAACAGGAGUCAGUAAUAAAAUUGUGAGGAACAGUGAUCAUGAAAUUCAGGAGCUGUCUUCAUCAUUUAAAAGUGGUGUUCAUAUAAGUAUGUCAGAUGCAGAGAAGGAACUAAAUGCCAGGGAAAGCAUCAUAUCAUCCGAACAAAUGCCCAAAUCUUCUAUUGAAAGAUUAGGCAAAAGUGGUGUUGAUAACCACAAUCUCAUAUCAGAAAGACAAUGCGAAGUGGAACAGAAUGAGUCUCAGGAGAAAUCACUGCAACUAAAUGGGAAAAAGAGUGUAGUUGCCACUCAUGGCAACACUUCUGCUUUCAAAUUAAAUGCUGGAGAUGCUGAAGAGAAACUUGUAGAGAAGGAAACUGGGUUGAGCAAGAAUAAACUCAAGUCUGCUCUUAAAACAUCUGGUGAGAAGAAACUUAGUCGUUCUGUUACCUGGGCUGAUAAGAAAAUGGACACUUCUGGGAGUAAGAGUCUUUGUGAGGUUAAGGAAAUGAGCGAUGUAAAAGAAUCUUUGGUAGGUAGUACAUAUGUUGAUGAUGAUGAAGCUAUUUUGCGUCAUGCCUCAGCAGAAGCCUGUGCAGUUGCUUUGAGCCAGGCAUCAGAAGCAGUUGCAUCUGGAGGAUCUGAUAUUGCUGAGGCUGUUUCUGAAGCUGGUAUAAUUAUAUUGCCAAGCCCUCAAGAUCCUGGUGAAGAGCAGACUGUAGAAGAAGUUGAUUCAAGAGAAAAGGAUCUAGUUUCUCUGAAAUGGCCUAGAAAGCCUGGAAUUUCAGAUAAUGAUUUGUUUGACUUGGAAGAUUCAUGGUAUGACCCGCCACCAGAGGGGUUCAGUUUGACUUUGUCACCUUUUGCAAUGAUGUGGAAUGCUUUAUUUUCAUGGAUAACAUCAUCUUCUCUAGCAUUCAUCUAUGGAAGGGAUGAAAGCUCACAUGAAGAAUAUCUAACAGUUAAUGGGCGAGAAUAUCCCUGUAAAGUUAUCUUAGCUGAUGGUCGGUCAUCUGAAAUAAAACAGGCUCUUGCUAGUUGUCUUGCUCGAGCUUUACCUGGACUCGUUGCUGAUCUCAGGUUGCCAACACCGAUAUCUACCUUGGAGAAAGGGAUGGAACGCUUGCUGGAUACUAUGUCAUUUAUGGAUGCACUUCCAGCAUUCAGAAUGAGACAAUGGCAAGUGGUUGGUCUUCUGUUCAUUGAAGCAUUGUCUGUUUGUAAAAUACCUGCUCUUAUCCCGUACAUCACAGAUAGGAGGAUCUUUCUUCCCAAGGUGUUAGAUGGAUCCCACAUAGGUGUGGAAGAGUAUGAUUGCUUGAAAGAUCUCAUAAUACCACUUGGUCGAGUACCUCGUUUUUCUACUCAAAGCGGAGCCUGACAUGGAUUGUCAAUCACCUUUGGACUGUUUGAUUUUUUGAGCCUCUCCGUGGAAAAAUUUGGUAGUGUUUGACUGUCUGAUGCCCUAUGGUUCAGGCAAAGAGAAAAAUGGAAGCUGUUGAUCUGUGAUAGAAUGCUCUGUAGAUGUGAUUUAAAGCUCCAUGUAAUGACAUAUUGGAAGAAUAGAACGAUCAAAUGUUAACCCUGAAUGAAAAUUCACAAAAGAAAAAGGAAACAAAAAAAAAAAAAGAGGUGUUAGCUACCUUGCCGAAAAAGGUGGCAUCUGUUGGUUUUUUAAUUGAGUUAUAUGUAUGAUUUACAUUAAGUGGUUCUGCAUUCUCUAGGUUUCGAAUAAUACUGAAUUACAAGGCCGGAAAUGCUUAGAAGUUGAACGUCUGAAAUGGAUUUGUCCAUUAAUGAUGUUUUUACUGUUACAAAAAUAAAUACUUUUAACAGUGA